AUGUUCCAGCAGCUGGAGUCCGACUGCGGCCGAGUGUCGUCCAACUCCACGACUGAGCUGCAGUUGACACUGCUGUUGCUCGGCGGCGGACCGGCCAUCCCGAGCCAGUGGCCGUGGAUGGCGCUGAUCGGCGAGCGCACGGACGAGGGCACGCGCUGGACCUGCGGCGGCACGCUCAUCACUGGCAGCACCGUGCUGACGGCGGCGCACUGCGUCAGCGGUCGGCGGCAGCCCCAGCUGACCGUGCGGCUGGGUGAGUACAACCUAACGCACACCCAAGAUGGCGACCACCAAGACUUCGGCGUGUCCCAAGUCCUGCUGCACCCCGACUACCGUAGCUUGCAGAACGACGUGGCGCUGCUUGUGCUGUCCCGGCCGGCAGCGCUGAACGCGCGCGUGUGGCCAGCCUGCCUCCCGCCGCCGAACGUCGACCACACUGGGCACGAGGCCGAUCUGGCCGGCUGGGGACAGCUGGAUUACGGCGGCGGCGUGCCGGAGGCGCUCCACGAGGUGCGGCUGCAGGUGGUAGACGCGGUGCAGUGCGAGAAAAGCUACAGUGACGCGCCGUAUUUCGACAGGCAGUUCCCUGGCGGCUUCCAGGGCACGAAGCUGUGCGCCAACGGUCGCGACGGCACGCCCAAGGACGCUUGUCAAGGCGACUCGGGCGGCCCUCUGGUGAUCCAGGCCGCCGACGGCCGCUACCAGGUGAUCGGCGUGGUCUCGACGGGCCUCGGCUGCGGAAACCACGAGUACCCGGGCAUCUACACAAAAGUGUCCAAGUACAUUCCCUGGAUCAUGAGCAACAGCCAGCGGUACACCGCGGACGGGAUUCCCAUUUGA